AUGUGGCUGGCUCUAGCUCUGGUGUCCGUGUUCCACGGGAUGGUGUCUGGGCAGUGCCUCUUGAAUUUCCCGUUUCCCAAGAAUCCCGAAGCACGGAUGAACAUCAGUGAAAUGGUCUCCUACUGGGGAUACCCCAGCGAGGAGUACGACGUGGUGACAGAGGAUGGCUACAUCCUUCACCUGAACAGAAUUCCUCACGGGAGAGAAAAUGCUGGAUGCCAAGGUCCCAGGCCUGUCGUGUUUCUGCAGCACGGUCUCCUUGCAGAAGGCAGCAGCUGGGUCACCAAUCUGGCCAACAACAGCCUGGGCUUCAUUCUCGCCGACGCUGGCUAUGAUGUUUGGAUUGGGAACAGCAGAGGGACCACUUGGUCCAAGCGACAUCUGCUCCUGUCCCCCAAACGGGACGAUUUCUGGGCUUUCAGCUUUGAUGAAAUGGCUAAAUACGACCUCCCAGCAAUGAUAAACUUCAUUGCACGGAAAACAGGACAGAAACAGUUGUAUUACAUCGGUCAUUCACAAGGCACCACUGUAGCUUUCAUAGCCUUUUCCACCAUGCCUCAGCUGGCUCAGAAAAUCAAAAUGUUCCUUGCUCUUGCACCUGUGACCACAAUUACGUUUUCUUCAAGUGCAGCUAGAAAGCUCGCACUUUUUUCUGACUAUGGGCUUAAGGAGAUAUUUGGCACCAAAGACUUCCUCCCACACACUGCCUUGGGUGAGCUCUUCCUUUCCAGAUUCUGUGCCUGCUCGAAGACCUGCCAGAGCUUCUUGUCCUUGACGUUCGGAUUUAACUGGAAGAACAUGAACAUGAGCCGAAUCGAUGUGUACACAGGACACAGCCCAGCGGGGACUUCAGUCCAAAACAUAAUCCACUGGUUGCAGGUAUUUCAGAGUGGGGCACUGAGAGCUUUUAACGGAGGGACCAUUUACAACAGUCUUCGCUACAGGCAGGAGGGUCCGCCGCUCUACGACGUGAAGGACAUGGAAGUGCCCACGGCCAUCUGGAGUGGGGGGCUGGACUGCCUGGCAGAUCCCCAGGACACAGCCCUGCUGCUCCCCCAGAUCAAGAACCUGGUCCACCACAGGCUGAUUCCCCAGUGGAAUCACAUGGAUUUCAUACUGGGGCUCGAUGCAACCGAGAUUUUGUACCUGGAAAUGCUUGACACCAUGAAGAAGCAUCUGUAA